GUGUUGCUCAGCUCCGUCAUCGACACUUGUUUACACUUUUCCCGAGACGCGGAGAGCUUGAAUCAACAUCAUACCGCAUCCAACGAAAAUAACUAAAAUGCUUAAAUGAAGUACACAAAAUACCAAAAUACAAAUGAGAGCUUUCAGAUGCUUUGAGUUGCAAAGAAAUGUCCAGUGAAGACGACCUACAACUCCUUGACCAGCAGUUGGAUUCUCGCCUUCAGCGUCUCCAAGACUUAAGGAUAUCUUCCAACAAUGAACUUGUUACAACUCAGCAGAGAGUUUCCCAAGCAUCACACAGAGAAACAGAACAUCAAAAAUAUACUGUAGGAGAGACAGUGAAUCAAGGGGAUGCUGUCAGCAGUACAACUACUCCUUUUUUACAUGGAGAGCAAAAGACUUGCUCUGAAAAUACAGAGUAUCUUUAUGGAGAUACAAAAGCAACUCAAGAGGAGUACGAGCCAUCAGAGUAUAUAGGGAAUGAUAAAACUUGUACUACAGAGCAACAGAACAUAACUGAAAUAAAUGAGAGACAGUUCACAUCUGCUGCAGAAAACUCCAAUGAGCAAGUUACUAUAGAAAAACAGGAAGCCACAGAUGAUUCCUUUGAAGAAGGAGAAGAAAAUGCCAUAUUUGAUGAGUUUCUGGACCAGUCAACAAGGUACAGGAUAAGUUCAUUGUGCAAGAAAGUGACCCAUCUCAAUCAAACCAUCAGUGUACUACAGGAAGAGUGUAAAAGACUGUCGAGUGCCAAGAAGGAAGCCUGCACUAAAGCCCACACUGCUGAGACAGAGAGGAGGACCUUGAACAAACAAGUGCUUCAUCUACAGCAGCAGACCACCAAACUCCAAAAGUUCAAUAAGCAGCUUCAAGAUCGUGUUCAGGAGCUGAAUAUAGAGUGCCAAGGAUUGCAGAAGGAACUUUCCAGUCAUCAGCACAGUGAGAGUGAGCAUCGCAGCAGCCAGUCAUCUUUCCAAGCCCAACUUACACGAGCUCAUUCAGAAAAUGCUUCCUUCCGUGAGCAGAUAUCUACACUGAAAAACAGGCACAAGGAAGAGCUCGAUCAGCUCAGAACAGCCUUAGGAAGCAGCAAUAGCAGGGUAAAAGAGUUGGAGAGACAGCAGAGGAACAUGAGUGCUUUAGUUAAGAAGCAGGACAAGCUUAUUGGAGUUAUUAAUGAGCAGAAAAACAAUUUAGCAGCAGCCAAAGCAGCAGCAGGGCUAGAGGAAACAUUUUUAAACAUCAUCACACCGCUGCAGCCUCCAUAGAUUUUACAUUGUAAUAUAUUUAUAAGAAAGAAUAGGGGCAUAGAGGAAUCUGUUCAUGGUGUGCCUUUGUCUUCUGUAGAAUCUUGUUUUACUCCAUUUUUCUAGAAUGAGUAUAGCUAAGACAAACUGAAUAGGCCAGGAUUUUUUUCCUGCUUUCGACUGUUUCUCGGAAGGGAACUAGAUAACAAUCUCCACUUCUUCUUCUCAUCUGUUUCUUUCUUUCUUUCUUGUUUUUUUGCCAUAUCACAAAGCAAAACAAAGAUUAUCUCAUAUCUCCUAACUCAGUAUAACUUUAGAAAUAUCUUGCCUUGGUGAUUAUUUUUGUGUCCAUUCACUGGCUGUAAGAUCUGCAUUGAAUCUAAGUAUGAUAAGUGAAAAGAACAAUAUAUCAACAACUUAGCUGUA